CUCACACCCCUAAGCGCUAGUUUUACCUCUCUCACAAGGAUACACACUGUUGUUCUAAAUAUACACUCCCUCUCUCUCAUUCACUCUCUCUCUCUCACUCACACACACACUCUCUCACACACUCACACACUCUCACACACACACUCCGUCUGUAGUUUUAGCCGUCUCGCUGGGACUGUAGUUCUAUGUAUACGUGCAGCCACAUGAGACUUUUAGUUUGGCAAGAUUCUUCCUGUAGCAUCACAAACCGGAAAUAAAAAAAACAAUAACAUUGAGAAAAGCGACUGUGGCGAUCACGUUUAUUCCACAGACAGUUCUCGAUGUAGUGGCUCGACUGCCGGCCAUUAAAAUAACCGUGAGGGUAUAUUUAGAGCGCGUGACAUCUUUUUAAAACGUUCUCCUUCAGUCUUGGGAAGGUCUGACUGGCUCGCGAGCCUCUCGGGGCGGUUAAAGUGAGAAUGGCGAAUUACCGAACGUUCCACUCCCAGCUCACGAGUAUCAUGGACACGCUGACCCGCGCGGCCGUGGCGGAGAUAUGCGAGCUCGUAGAUGACGGUUACGCGGUGCUUCAUAUAGAGAUUUCGCGCCACCAGAAAGAGAACGAUGAGCUGCGGCAGAAACUGCAGCUGAUCGAGAGCAUCAUUGCGCGUGGCGCCGGAGGAGGACCGGCGGCGGCAGAUAAAUCCCUCUCUGCGCGUGAUUCUCGCGGCCGGGAAGGGCUGAUGCGCGAGGCACGCGGCAAGGCGUUGAUAGUGGCAGAGUGUAUGUCACGUGAUAUGGAAGAGAGUCAGCCAAUCACUGUGCAGAUUAAACAGGAACAACAGGAAGACCAUGGGACAGGUAGCUUCACCACGGCGCAGAGCCUGGACACACACACGCGCAUACACACCGGCGAGAGGCCCUUCCGCUGCGGGCAGUGCGGCAAGCGCUUCACCCAGUCGGGGCACCUCACCGCCCACCAGACGGUGCACACGGGCGAGCGCCCGCACCCCUGCGCCUUCUGCUCCAAACGCUUCGCCGGGAAACAGUACCUGCGCAUCCACAUGAAGAAACACCACCCGGACCAGCAGCAGCACGCGUAA